AUGACCAGCCGAGAUUCCGGAUCCGACGACGCGCUCGCCGCGAGUUCCAACUCAACUAUCGAAUCGUCGAAGCACGAGUUGUUCGACCUGUCGCGAGACGUUCAUGCCCAUCCCGAAUUGAACUACCAGGAAUUUUAUUCCUCCAACGCCCUGGCCGGAUUCCUGGAGAAGCACAGCCUCAAGGUCGAACGCGGGGUUGGCGGCGUCGAAACGGCGUUCCGGGCCACCAUUCCCGGCGGGGCCGGCGAGGGUCCGACCAUCGCGGUGCUGGCGGAAUACGACGCGUUGCCCGAGAUCGGCCACGGUUGCGGGCACAAUCUCAUCGCGAUGGCGGCCAUGGGCGCCGCCCUGGGCCUCAAGGCAAACGCGGCGAACCUGCCGGGCCGCGUGGAAAUCAUCGGCACGCCGGCGGAGGAAGGCGGCGGCGGCAAGAUACGCCUGCUGGAGGCCGGGGUCUUUGAUAGCGUGGACGCCACCCUGUCGUCCCACCCGUUCUCCAACCGCACCGUGAUACCCGCGGCCUCUCCCAAGGGAGAGAGCUGGAGCCUGGCCAUGGUCGGCUACCGCUACAUGUUCCACGGCCGGGCUGCCCACGCCGCCGCCGCGCCCGAAGCGGGCAUCAACGCGCUGAACGCGGUGAUCCACCUGUUCACCGGCAUCGACGCGCUGCGCCAGCACCUGCGGGACGACGUGCGCAUCCACGGGGUGAUCACCGACGGGGGCCUCGCGCCCAACGUCGUGCCCGAGUUCGCCGCCGCCAACUUCAUGCUGCGUUCUCGCGACGGGCAAUACCUGAGCAACGAGGUGGUGGGCAAGGUGGCCCAGGUCGCGGAGGGGGCGGCGUCCAUGACCGGCGCGCGUCUGGAGGUUCAGGAGUUCUACCCGUUCUACGAGAACGUCCAGCCCAACGUGGUCCUGGCCCAGGCGGUGUCCGCCAACAUCCAGGCGUUGGGAAUCCGGUUGGACGAACCGGUGGCCGGCCGCCCGGGCAGCGGGGCUUCCACCGAUUUCGGCAACGUCAGCCAGGCGAUGCCAGCCUUCGAGCUGCGGUAUGCCGUCAGCGAAACGCCGGUGGCGUCACACACGCGGGACAUGUGCGACACGGCGGUCACCGAUCUGGCGCUGUCCAACGCGCUGUCCGUCGCCAAGGCGUGA